UAAAGUCUAUGAAGGAUGCCGUGUUCUGUAUCAUGUUGACAAUCACUAUUUGCGAAUGUUGUCAGCACUGUCGAAGCGUAAGCACAGUCGGUGGAAGUGGAUCCACCCCCUCCAAUUCACCCUCGGAACCUCAGCCCGCCAUAGAAUCCGUCCAGCCUAGCAAAAAUGAAGUGGAGGUGGAGUACCGGCGGGGGUUGCCGCAGCUGGUGGUCCCGCUGCCCUCAAGACGGGAGAAAUGUCAGUUUACGCUCAAGCCCAUCACCAACACCGUCGGCGACUUCAUCCAGAUGCUCCGCCACGAGGACAAGGGCAUAGAUCGGGUUGUUGUCUCGCGUUUAGAUGGCGUCCGAAUAGCUUCGUCGAACACUAUUGAGGCCCUUAUGGAAGAGGACUUCAAGUUAGUGGUGAACGACCGUGAAUUUAUUGUCAACUCCCCACCACAGGAAAAAAUCCCAAGGGAGGAGCUUGAAAGACUGUCAAAUGUUCGUUGCUUAAUAUUUCAGCUCUACGAAGCUUUGAACGUAGACGAACACCAUAUUAAAACGGAGAAGCAGCUCUUGUCUCGGUUAGAGGACCUUCAAACAAAAUUAGAUCCGUUGGAAAAAAAACGGAUGCAGCUAGAAAACAUGACAGGAAAACAGACAGACAUAGCCACAUGGCUUGGCCUUAGCCUGAUGGGAGUUCAGUUUGGUGUCCUGGCCCGGCUCACCUGGUGGGAGUAUUCAUGGGAUAUUAUGGAGCCCGUCACAUAUUUUGUUACUUAUGGCACUGCCAUGGCAUGUUACGCUUAUUAUGUUCUAACAAAACAGGAAUAUGUCAUGCCUGAUGUUCGGGAUCGACAACACCUUCUCACACUACACAAACAUGCACGGAAAGCCGGUCUAGACAUCAAUGAGUACAACAGACUGAAGGAUGAAGUUGCUGAAGUUCAACGACACCUUAAUCGGUUAAGGGAUCCUCUUCUUCCACUCCAUAGGUUACCUCCUUUGGCAGAAAGUCCUGAGACUCCUUUCUCCUCAUUCGAAGCUCAUCACUCAAAAUUAGAGCGUGUCAAACAGCAGCUGAGAAGUCUUCUCUCUUUCUCCAAGGAUUUUUCAUCACCACUUAUUAAAAGCAAAGUUAAAGGGUCAUAAGAUUCAGCCUCAUUUUCAAGGUCAGGGUGCAGUCUUUUUCAUUUUUCACAACAUAGCCAAUAAACGAAAAAACAAUAAAGUAUGUGACUCUCUCUGCGUCUUACAAAGAUACGUGACCAGCUAAACCAAAAGCAUAUAGGAUCAAAUUUAAAACUGUCUCCAAACCUGAGCAUGUAGAAACUGUUCCAGAUAAAUUACUACUUUAAGAGAAUUGCACUUACUAACAUCACAGAUAUCCAUGUAUUUUUAUUUUUAUUUUUAUUCUAUUUUCUAAUUAGGCUCGACUUGUAGUCUGACAAAUGACUAAAUUUCUUUCUUUCUUCUUAUUCAUUUUUGCUCUUGUAUGUAGCUAAGAAAUCUUUCAAUUUAUUAUAACUGUGACACUGCAAUUUUUUAGCAUUUAUAACUGAAUUUCAAUUUCAGGUCAUACAUGAAAGGUGGUCGCCAUAAUUUUUUGCUAUCAGAAGAAAGUAUAAUUCAAUCUUGAUUACAUUGUAAAAAGCUUGUCACAUGGUAUGAAACACAAAAGAAGCACGUAUACAAAAAAUUAAACUAAGUGAUUGUUCGGAUAUUUUGAACCAUGACUACCUACUUACCAACCGAAAAAAAUUAAAAUUUUUCAAUUUGUAUUUCUUAUACCUAACUGUGAAAAAGUUGAUACCUUUUAUUAUUUAUGAACCAAUUCCAAUUACGAAGAAAGGUCAUAGAGGAAAUUAGUUGUGUUCUAUUAAAAGAAUAAUAAAUCAUUGAAGGUGAAUUGAACAAGGUUUGUCUUUUUUGCAUCGUCAGCAAUUGUUGAGUCUGCAAUCUAAAUACAAAACUCAGCUUCACAGCCUUUGCAGCACCUGAAGAUGUAACGAUGAGUGUGAGAAACCAUGUUUAUUACCACAAAAGAUUUUUUAUAUUUUGAUUCCAAAAAAGAAUAAUUUCAUCUUGACCAAUUGAGCUGAUGUCCAAACCAAAACUUUCCACUCAAACUUCCUGAAGGAGAUUAACCCUGACCAAAAAAAUUAGGCUUAGAAAAAUAUGGUUAAUGAAUUUGCAAAUUUUAGCCUUAUUUUUAAGUGUAUAGUUCAAGUAAGGUCGGAAAAUUACAAGAAUUCCAGCCUUAUUUUUGUACAGUUUUGAAUUAUUCAAAAGUGACUUAAUGGUCACUGUGAAAAUCAAAAGUAGAAAAAUGUUUUUGGAACGAAGGCUGUCAAGCAGUAUUGUCACUAUCCGCUAGUUUGUAUCAUAGUACAUAUAUAUUUAUUUAUUCAUUUGUUGAUUCGCUUGUACGUUUUCCAGAAUAUGUUCUUUCACGAUUUUAUUGAGGAAGACAAGUUUUCAAUGAAAUGACUUGGAUUUUAUUGAGAGUUUCUCCUGUUUUGAUCCAGUGAAUAUGUACUUUCUAGAAUUGUCAGUGUUUUUAUUAUAUGAAUCUGCUGCACAUGUUUAAAAUCAUUUCAAGUGUUCUUAACUUAUUCCUGCAGGAAUUCUAUUGCAGCUAAAUGCCCAUCAAUUUUCCAGAAUAUGUCAAGUAAGCUCUGAUAGGGUAUCUGUUCAUAGUGGUACCAAAAAAUCUCGACAGAUCAUUGGAUGAAUAUUGUGAUGUAAACAGUAACUUUCCUACUUCAGAAAUGUGAUUCACUUAUCAUGUUAUAUAAUACUUAUUACAGAAUUUUCGUCACCUGAAUUAACUUAAAUUUAAGUACAUAUUUCUGUUUUUUGCAGGCUUUCAUGUCAAAAUGUUUAGCACAUGUUCCUCAAUGAUAUCUAAGAGGUUACUUAAGUACUUAGGAGGAUCGUAAAAUUUUAAAGUAGGUAAAGUCUGAUUUUGAUUGACAUCACUGACUUCUGUCAGGUAUGUGAAACAAACUUCAAAAUCAUAACUCAAAGCCUUUCAAAACUUGUAGGGCUUGAUCAUACAUAUUGAUAGUGGAACUACCGGAACGGGUACUUCAUUCUCAUUUCAUUUCACUUAAGGAAAAAAUAUCAAGGUUAUUGCUUCAAAUUUUCACAGAGUAUUCUUUACUUAAAGAAGAAAAAUCAAGAAAAGUUUCAAAAAAUGGCUUCGAGUAUUUUUCAACAUAAGAAAUUUAAUAUGUCAGGAAGUUACAACUUUGCAAAAGGAGUUAUGCGUUCCUCAAGUUUCACCAAUACUAUAUUUGAAUAAUUAGUGAUGAUUACCGUCUACUGAAACAGAAUAAUUUAAAUUUUAUGAAAACUGACAGGAUUGAAGGUAAUUUUUUAUUUUAAUGGAUUGUGCAUUUGUCCUAUCCAAAUUUGUGCUUUAAUAUUCUGAACGCACUCGUAUUUUAACAUUUUAGGCUAAUUGAUAACUUUAACUGUUCUGUUCCCGCUUUUAAUCUGAAGUUCUCAUCCAUCAGAAGUUAUUUUUACAGUUAAAAGUAAAAGAUUAGAAAGUCUUGCAUCUAUAUGAAGAUAGUAUCAAUUCUUUUUGACUGCAACUCAGCUGUAGGCAGUUAAAUUUUAUUAUUUACAGUCAUUAGAUCCAUUUUUUACCUAAAUACUUAUUUUUCCAUCAGUAAGAAAAUUUUAUUGUUUCCUCAUGCCUUUUUUCCAAAUUUUUCUGAAUGUAAGUGUAAUCCACAUGUUCGAUACAUACGAAACAGUUAAUUGUAUUUUUCCCCUUGAUACACAUCCUGGAAUCUUUAGAACUUCAUUGUAACCUGCAUGUAUGUCAUUUUGCUAUCGGUUUUGGAAAUGCAACAAGCUCAUGACAUCUUUUUUCUCUGGGGAGGCUAGUUGGUUCCCAUUCAUUGUUUGCGCAAAUAUAUAUUUAUGAAAGAUCUGGAAAAUCAGGAUUAUCAGAAAAUUUUAGAAAACUGAUUGUUCCUAUUUAUCCAACUGACUAUCUAUAACAUUUAAAAGCAGCCAAAUAAUUGAACAGCCGAAUGAUUUGAUAGAAAGAAUUUUUUGGAAAUGCAGUUACAACUGUUCUUUUUAUCAUGAAUAUAAAUCCUUUGUUUGUUAUUUAAAGUGUUAAUAUGUUUAUAAUCACUAAAUUAAUUUAUUUAUUUACUAUCAAGUGUAGUUCAUUGACUUUCACUAACUAUUGGAUUGGAGAUUUCUCUCCUAUUUCGCUCUGCCUAAUUUUAAGAUUUUUCUCUUUUAUCAGUUUAUUUUUGAUAUAUUCUAUAUGUAUUUAAUUCUUUAUUCUUCCUAUUAAGUGCAUAUUUUGCUCUUCAAUAGUGUAUUUACCUUCGGAAUCUACACUACUCUUCAUUGAUUAGUUAAACCUUUCCAAAAUUUGGACGUACUGUGCAAAUGAUAUUAUCUACAAAACACGCACAAGAUUAUUCAGAGUUCAGGUAUCCUCUUCUUUUUACCUUCUUUUACUUCUCAGCUUGUUUAGUUGGUUUCUUGUGGUAAUAUUAGACUCAUCGAGUGAAAGGACAAAUGGACUCAAAAUAGGGGGGGAUUUUACUUUAAAAAAAAUUUGAAUGAAACAAAAACCCGGAAGAAUUUAAUGAAUUCAAAUGAAAGUCUCUGGCUUAUACCAAGACUAGACAACUUGGCCAAAAAUGCUGAGAUCAGAAUUUAUUCCUUUUGCCCUUAUCAAGCAUGCAUAGGGCUCCUUUCAAAUUGGAGUGAGUUUACAUAUUCAUCUGUAAAAUGUAACCAACAUUUGACCAACUACAACAAAUUGUAUCGCAUCAAAUAAUAAUACGUUUACAACCAAUCAUUCUUUAAUUCAGUUUUGAUGAUCAUGAAUACGAUUGUUGGUAUUGUAGUUGUUAUUACUGUUCUCUACUGUUUAAGUACUUUGAUGAACCAGCUUUUAAGACUUCGUCAACUCCUAAUUUCUAAAGAAAUUGCUCCAGAAGAUACCUUUAAGAAACACUACUUCCGGUCGUUCAUACCUGAAUUACCUCUUGAGAACAGUAAUGUCCCACAGUAUAUUUCAUUUUCAUUUGUGUAUAAUGAGUAUAUAAUUGGCCUUAAUUUAACACAUUUUAUGUUAGUGCAGGUAAAUUACUAUUUUUGCACAGAAACAGUGCAAUAAUAUUAUUGCACAUUGUUAUGUAGUUGAGUUUUUUCUCAAUAUGUUUUUUUUUUUUCUUUCCUUUUUUUAAGUUCAUUGUUUUUUAAUUGUUCUCCUGUACCUACUUGUUCAGUAGCUGGGCUUUUAAUACUGAUUACAGCUUUGUAUUGCAUAAGUCCUCUCGGCCUACAACUUUUAGAAAAUGAAAAGAAAUCCAAUCAAGGAAAGAGGUUCUUUUUCAAUCGAGCUGAUAAAAUAGUGUUUGAUUCUCCUUUUUCGAGAAAAAAUCAAUAUCUAAAGCUUCUAAAAAUUAGACUUUAAGAUUUAAUAAAGAAACUCUUACAUGUUUCAGUCCAAAACUGAGGAGUAGACUCAAAGACAAGAGUGAAUUUUGUGGCCAUCUGUUGGUGGGGUCCCAGCGAGCCAAUAGCAAGAGUGUAAAUGUUCUCUAUCAAUAUCUGAGAAAACGAAAUUCUCACCUUUUUUCUUUUCAAAGUACCUCUUUUUUUUUGUUUUUUGUUUUGUUUCGGUAAGGAGGAGACCAAUUGACAUUUUUUCUUGAAGUAGCUAGGUAUUUCUAGAAUACCGCUAAUAGAGCUGAAAUAAAGUGGCUUCUAGAAUUGGUAAAUAUUAAUUAGUUUUCUCUCAUAAAAUCCAUAACAAGGGAACAACAAUAUCAAAAAUUGAGUCUUAUGUUCCGCUGGUGGCACAACGUACACCUGCACUGCUCAUGAGGCAAACAUACUGCGUUGAAAUUUCUUUUACUUAUAUUUUUUCCAUCAAAAUCAUGAGAAUGCUUCGCUUGAAAUAUGUAGUAAAAACCCUGGUAGCAGAGUUAUAUAGCAUCUUAUGUUCUUAAAAGAAAAAUGAAAUACAUUUCUUUUUGAUUGAAUGUAAUAAUGAUAUGAAUACAAACAUAAUAUAAAAUGUUAAAGAAAACUGCUUUUUUCUCCUGUAUUUACUUACUUUUUAUUUAAGAAUUAUUAUUUUUCCUUUAUUUUAGAUAUUAUGUAUAAAUGCAGUCUAAUAUUUAUGGAGAAAUUAGGUAUAUACAAAUUAAGAGUAACGGAGGAUGAUGACAAAAAAAGGGCGGAUGUAAAAAGUACAUUUUUAAAAAAAACGCAUUUGAACCUUUAAUUUGGCUUCUCAACAAACUAUGUAGAUCAUUAGUUAGACCAGAAGCUAUUCUUUAUAAAAGAAGUUUUGAAAUCUAUCAAUAGUUUAGGGGGAAAAAAGUUCAUGAAAGGGUGCGUAUUUCAAGAUGGUCUUCAAUUAUGCUCUCUUUUGUCUCUAUCAAUUAAAGUAUUUACUGAAUAUGAAAUACUUCAAUUGAAUCAAUUACAGUCGUAUUUUGUCAGGAAGUUUUCAAAGGGCAUUAAAAGUAGAACGUUGUUUUCAGGAAAACAUUAUUUCGCAAAACAUUAUAAUGAGAUGCAACUGUAAAUUACAAAUUAAUAUAUUUUAUCAAAUGUUUUAAGGGCAAAGAUAAUCUUACAUCACUCUGGACGGACAGAGUUUGCUCUGCGUAAGAAUUAUACGAAGGAGAACCCAAUACAAACCGGGUGACCUUCGCCCUGGCCUCUAGUUUAAUAGUGCCCAGUUAAUACCGGAUUGAUGAGGAGAGCAUUUCAAACGAAACGUAGAACGUCGUCCAAAAAUUUCAUUGAAACAUUGAAAAAAGCGACUCGAAAAGUUUUGCGGUAAGGUCUCAGAAACGCUUUUUUGGGACGUUUAAGAGCGUUUCAUUUAGAAAAUCUGCUAAUUCAGGUCAGAAAUCUCUUGAGAACGCUCAGAUAGAAAAAGGAGGACAGCGGACCCUUGUGGCAAAACAAUGCAACUAAGAUCAUUAAAAUAUGACAUUGUUUUUAUAAUAAAUGUACCUAAGCAAUUGAUUCUUAAGUACUUAAAAAUAUUUAAAUACAGUUAUAAAAUCAUCUUGAAUUUCAUGUACUUACUCAACUUUUAAAUACAUUUCAUGUGAAUUUUUCUUGCAUUUUAUAUUUAUUUGUUGCGCAUACUUAGGAGAUUUAUCUAAUAUCCGUGUACAUUUUCUGUAAAUCCAUAAUUACUUAAUUUCUUCCAUUUCUUUUAAUUAUUUGUAAAGAUUAUAUAAUGCUGCUACCAGGGUAUACAUAGGUACUCAUUAUGAGGGGAUACCAUUCCCUGACAAAUAUUCGGAGACAAUAUUUAUAAGUUUUUGGCAUGGAAUACUUUUUUAGAAUAACUUCUUGCUUAGCUCAAAUUCCUCAAAGUGUUGAAUUGAGUGCAAGAAACAGGAAAAGGAGACACAUUUUAAGCUGAGCUCAUUGAUUUUCUUUAAACGUUUUGUCAUACUUAAGUACUUAUAAGACUUUAUUGUCUGCGUUGUUGUUUAAUACCUAAUCAUUUCAAAUGUUAAGAACUUAUAUUUUUGAUGAAGUGAAGACCAUCUUAAAUGAGAAGAGAAACACAAGAGAAGCCUGAUGAACUUAAACAAGAAGAUAAUUACUUUAGUUUUUCUUCUAAGAUUUCAUUUUCGGUUCCAAUUUAAGACUUAAAAAGACGAACCAAGUUUGAGGCUGCUGUAAUCAAUGCCCUGUUGCAGAAUUUGUGGGUCACAGAAUCUUUUUUCUGCCCUGUUGUUUGUUCUCUCAAUGAAACUAUAUGUGUAAUUACUGCGCUCUAUGAAACUUGAGGUAAUUGUUUAGACUAAUUUAAUAUUUUCAAUUCAAAAAUCAUUAUUUUUUUGUAUGUUUUUAUCAAUAAAUUUUUGAAUUUCAA